AUAUGACAACAACAAAAACCAGCGGUCCGUUUGAAAUUGAUAGGACAUUAUUUUUCACGUGUGGUCACUGAUUAUGUACCGCCCCCACUGGCCUUGUUUCUAGGUGCACUAAAAUCUUCUUCCUUAAACUAUGUAGUAAUUAAGUUUCGGUUGAAAAUAUGGUAAUUAAAUUUGAAUUUUUUCUUGAUGAUAAGCCGAGUUUCAAAUCGGGAUAAGUGGGGGAAUCAAAGUAAAAUUCAGAUCGUUCAUUUAUCGAUAGAAAACUGUUCGUUUUCGAUUUUCAAUCAUUGCGCAGCCCACCAACAAUUAGGCUAGAUAUAGAUUUCGAAAGAUAAUAAAGUUCCAACCUCCAAAGAGACAGCAAACAACCUUCCGAGAUUGAUUAUGUAUAUCUACAUAAACACCGUGGUGCUGCAUGAAUGUUAGUCGUCGUCGAGUUUUGCUCAACGUCCCGAGCAGUUUACUCAUCACGAUGAGUACAUUGUACACUGUUAGUUUUCUCCUGUUAAUAUCAGGAAGGCAGUCUCAUCAAUUCUUAGAUCAAGGAUCCAUCAUUUCACCGGACAGCGAACGACAGACCUCGGAGAAUUGGUGGAAUGUCAUCAACGAACAGCUAGAGGAAAAUGGGAAACGUUUCCAUUUGAUAUCCUUAAUUAAGAGAAUUUUUAUAGCGCUGGAAUCUUCUUCGUUCCCCACCGCUGUUGCCAAAAACAUCAAUCAAAAGUGUAAAGAAGAUAGCCAGAUGUACGUCCGCAGCCUUUACAGCAACAGGACUCUGUGGGCUUUGCAAAUGCAAGAGUCAACGGCUAAACUGCCCCCGGGAAUGUUUGUUGAUGGUACGGCAAAUAUUCAAGCGGACGGACUGUUCGAUGAAUGUCUGGCCGUUCGGGCUCCUGAAUUCGAUGGGCAGUACUGUACCAUCUUCUUUAGGUCAGAAGUCGUCAAUCAAUCGGAAAUUCUUCCUCCAGAUGAAUCCUCACUCCAUCUCCAAUCCCACGGAGAACGGGCUCUGAUCGACAACUUUGUCACCGUUUUUCAGCUCUUGGGAUUAUUGGUAUCGGAUCGUAUCGAACCUAAAGUGGCCCUGGCAGAUGCCAAAAUUGGCAAUUACCCAUCCAUCCACCCCAGCACCGCAUUCUGUCUGCCAUCGUCUUGCAGUGCUGCCGACCUCGGCCAAGCGGUUGCUGAACUCGCUGGAAGUUACGUGAUAGCCAAUCAUUCUAUCGUUACAAUUGCCGACGAGCGAUAUUGCUUCAAAGCCAAUAGUGUGUCACCUUCUUUCGAUAGUGUCACCAUUAUCGUCAUAGAGGCGUUCAGUCUUGUUGGUCUUUUAGUUGUAAUGGCGACCGUUCACGAAGCCUGGCGAAUGUACCGCGGGACUGAUUUCGAUGCCAAACAGGACGGCAAACUCUUGAGAGCGUUGCACUGCUUUUCCGUCUUACACAACGGCCGUAAAAUCCUGUCGAUGAAGAGGACAGCUUCGUCUUCGGACGAUCAUUUUGGUUGCAUUCCAGGCAUUCGCUUCUUUUCAACUUGCUGGGUCGUCAUGGGAAACACUUUUUACGUUGUUUCCAAUAGGGUUAUGAACAAGAAUACUCUAGUUGAUAAAUUCAAAGCAAUUGGUAUUCAAUCUACUGUAAAUAUCUCUAUCUUUAAUGACCAUUUCUUCUUGAUUGGCGGUUUGCUGACAACGUUCCAAUUGCUCCGGGAGCUGGACCGUCACAAGGGCAGAUUCAACGUCGGCCUUUAUUAUUUGCAUCGAUAUCUGAGACUGACUAUUGUGUACGCUUUCGUUCUUGGAUUUAUUGCAACUUUAAUAGUCUACGUCGCCACCGGACCCAAUUGGUACACCGUGGAUUGUUAUUCAAACGCUUGUCGGCUCGCCUGGUGGAGACAGUUUCUCUACAUUAACAAUUUAUUUCCUGUGGAUCCCAAUUAUGUGUGCAUGAGACAAUCGUGGUUCCUGGCGGUCUACAUGCAACUCCUAAUCGUAUCUCCACUUCUCAUUUAUCCGCUUUGGCGAUGGAGGAAAUUGGGACUUGCGUUGCUGGCCUCUGUUGCAAUUGGCUGUUACACCACAAUCUUUUGGGUUUACACAGAGAAAAAUACCGAAACCCACAUUGUUGACUAUCGUUACAAACCAUGGAUUAGAGCUCCGCCCUACCUGAUAGGAAUCUUGGCAGGUUGGCUCUUGCACAUCACAAAAUGUUCUCCUAGACGACCGUCGAAACUUUUUGUGGCUAUGGGAUGGGUAGUGUCCAUAGCCGUUGGUGCUGCGGUUAUUCAUGCUCUGGAGCCCAAUGUUGUCGUUCCAUCCGGAACCAGCGAGGUUAGUUAUGAUGCAUUGAUGAUUUACGGACCUCUGCAUCGGACCGCUUGGGCUUGUGUCAUGACUUGGAUCAUCAUCGCUUGUUCUCGGGGAUAUGGAGGUUUCCUUAACCGGCUCUUAUCAUGGAAAGGUUUCUUACCACUUAGCCGGUUGACUUAUUGCGUCUACCUGAUCCAUUGGGACUUUCUCAACGUGUAUUACGCCGCUGUGCGGAAGCGUUAUUAUUAUAGGUUGUACGAACAGUUCGUCAUUCUAUUCGGUAUCUUCUUAGUCAUGUUUGCACUUGCGUUUGCGAUAUCCGCUUCAAUUGAAGUAUCUUUCCUACGUUUGGAGAAACUCAUUUUCUCUUCCAAACCCAAAAGGAAUUCACUGCCCGAAAGAAACGAUUAACACGCGCGUCACAGCCUAAAGGAAGUUUAUCCUUCCAAACUCUUAGAUUAAUAAAUCAAGGUUCGUCAUUACUCUAUAGCGGAGCACAAACCUUUAUGGGGAUGGUAUGAUUGUGGAGUUGAAAAACCAUCGCUUUUUAGUCAAAAUUUAAUUUCAAUUAUGCGUCAAUAUUGGAAUCAAAAGCACACCCUCAUUGAAUUUAAAUAAACCGUUUUAUUUUGUU